UGCGUGCACUCGUGAAGCCGACGAGGACAUGGUCGCCGUGCGCUUGCUGUUCCCAGCUCUGGUAUGUGUGGCGGCGGCGGCGGCAGAGCCCAACUGCACCGUGGCCGCCAUCGAGCAGUUCCCGCGGCCCCUCAUGAGCCCCGAACUGCGCCAGCAGGGAGCCAUCGUGGUGCACGUGUUGGCCGCUCUCUACAUGUUUGCGGCGCUGUCCAUAAUCUGCGAGGACUACUUCGUGCCUUCACUGGAGCUCAUCUGCGACGUGCUGCACGUGGACCCGGACGUGGCUGGAGCGACGUUCAUGGCGGCGGCCAGCUCGGUCCCGGCCAUAGCUGCCUCCAUCAUUGCCAUCAUGGUGGCCAAGGCAGAAAUGGGCGUAAGCACAGCUCUCGGCUCUGCUGUGCUGAACGCCGCAGGCGUCGUGAGUGUGAGCGCACUUUUUGCUGGAAAGGUGGUCCUGCUGCACCGCUGGCCCAUGUAUCGUGACAGCGUAUUCUUCUUCGCAAGCGUCGUUAUACUCUUGGCUGCCCUGCAGGACGAAGCCGUCAGCCGAACGGAGUCUAUUCUGUUGCUGGCUGCAUACGUGGUGUAUGCGGUGUUCAUGUGUUUCGACAGCAAAGCUGAGUCGUUCUUCCUGCGACAUCUGGCUUUCCUGCGUGACGAACCGCCGGCGUCGUCCAGUCCAGCGGUGCAAACUGAGCCGCCGCCGGUCUGCCGCCGUGCCAGCCGCGGCCUCGUGCUCACCGCGCUGAACAGCGCAACUUCAUCAGCAGUGCCUCGAGCGCGUAGUUUGGAUGCACAGAGCGCCAGGCCACCACCACCACCGCCGCGCCGGAGCCUCGCGCUGGACCCCAACCGACGGCGCCUGUCGCUCAUAUCGCUGCGCAGCCGAAGCGCCAGCUGCGAUCAGCGGGAGGCCGAAAGCAAGGGGGUUCCGGAGUCCCAAGGUGAGCAUGUGGCCGCGCUGGAAGAGAUGGCGCGUCGAGCGGCCUCCUCAGCGUUGGCGCCACCUCGUGGAGGCUUCUCGCGGCUCCUGUGGCUUGUGCUGUUGCCGCUUAACACUCUACUGUUCAUCACCGUGCCAGACUGCAAGCGUCACCGCAGCUGGUUUCCACUCACGUUCCUCAUGAGCACUGUACACAUUUCGCUUUUUUCGUAUCUGCUCGUCUGGACCAUCACCAUCAUAGGAUUCACCCUGGGCGUCUCUGAUAAUGUGAUGGGGUUGACGUUCCUGUCCAUCGGAGUGACACUUCCCGACGUGGUCGCCAGCCUGUUGGUGGUGCGCAGGGGAUUCGGUGAUAUGGCGGUAUGCAACGCACUUGGAAGCAACAUCUUCGAGAUUCUGGUGGGGCUCGGCCUUCCGUGGUUUAUCCAGACUGUUCUUCUCACUCCAGGAGAGCCGGCCACGGUUCAAGGAAAAGGGUUGGCCUACUCCACAGCCUGUCUUCUGUCAACCGUUGUGUUCCUGCUGCUGGUCACGCAUUUCAACAAGUGGCGGAUGAACAAGAUCUACGGCGCCAUCCUGAUGGGCUGGUACCUGGCUUUUAUGGUGAUAGCCUGCCUCCACGAACUGAACGUGUUGGGAUACGUCAAUCCUCCUUCCUGCGAUAGUGAUUACUGAGCGACAACACAACUGCGUAUAAUGCUGCAAUGUACUAAAGCUUAGCAAACAACUUCUAGAUGUGCUCACCAUGAAUGGUCCACGAUAAGAUAUUCAUUGCGGUAAUGUCUCCGGACCUCAACUUUACUUGUAGGAGGUGCUUGACGCAUGAAAGCGCGCGGCUGGCGAAACUUGGUAUCCACAUGAAAUCAGAAGCAACAACAGCGCCCUAGCACCGAGUCGGUAGAGUGCAUCCUACCUCGAGUGAGGAUGUCAGACACCUAGGGCGCAGAUUGCGCUCGCUCAAAAUAAAAGUUUAUUUUCU